ACGAGCUUUGAGGUAGGGGAGGGCUAUGGGGAGUCUGUAUGAGGAGCAAGCUGUUGUGGGACAAGGGAUGCAUUCCGUGAUUGAGGGAGCGGGAUGGUCAAAAAUGGGGCAGGUUUGGGGGUGGUUAGGGUAUCGGAGAAGCAUGGAGAAAGAUUUAAGUGGCUUGGGGAUAGCCUUUCGGGGGGACUGGGCGGUCUGGAGGUAAAUCCGUGACCUAGGGGGUGGGUCAGUGAUUGGGAUGCACUUGGGGGAUAGGUCAGGAACUGGGGCAUCUUUCAGGGAAGGUUAGUGAUUGGGGAUGAAUGACAGGAGGUCAGUGAUCCGGUUGUUCUUGAAGGGAAUCAGGAAUUGGGGUGCCUCAGAACCUGAAAAGGCUUCUGGAGGAAGAUCGGUUCUUUGGAUAGCCUUGGGAGGAUGUCAGCGAUUGGCCCAUCUUUGGAGGAAGGUUUCCCAGGUAAGCAGUCAGAGCACCUACGGGUUCUGGCUUCCUGGGAUAAAACAGUUCCCAUGAGGGAAGGAACUGAAAGUACCAAGAUCAGCACUACAUCCUUGACCAGAGACCUUGUAUUAGAGCUUCAGAGAAGAGCCCAGAACCAACAGUAAAGCAGAUAAUAAAGUUGCUGUCUGUGACCCAGGGCUCCAGAAAAUGUCCAAGUCUCAAGGCUCACUGUCAUUCAGGGACGUGGCUGUGGUUUUCACCUGGGAGGAGUGGCAGCUACUGGACCUCAUUCAGAAGAACCUGUACCAAGACGUGAUGUUGGAAAAUUACAGCAACUUGGUAUCAGUGGGGUAUCAAGAUACCAGAGCAGAUACAUUCUGCCAGUUGGAGCAAGGAAAACCGUGGAUAGCAGAGGAAGAGACCCACAGUCAGAUUCAUCCAGAAGACACCUGGCAAGCCGACAGUCAUAGAGACUGGCACGAAGAAAACCAAGGCAACCUGGAAACUAUGGGGAGUCACCAUGAAGCUAAUACAUUUGGAAAAAUACCUUCUCUGAGCUUAAACCUUGAUGUUUCUUUAGCACAAAGAUCUCAUACACUUGACAUACUUGGAAAAUAUUUGAAACCUAACCUAGAGUAUAUUAUUCAGAACAAAAGCUAUGCAAGAAAUGAGGUUGAAUUUGAUCAGUAUGACAAAUUAUCUCUUUAUACUAAGCAUGAGAAAACUCAUGCUGGGCAAAAAUACAAUGACUAUAACGAACGUGUAAAAGCUUUCAGCCAUAAGUCACAGCUUAUCAAACACUGGGAAACUCAAACAGCAGAGAAACACUGUAACUGCAGUGACUGUGGGAAAGCCUUUUCCCAGAGGUCGGACCUUAUUAAGCAUCAGAGAACGCACACAGGAGAGAAACCCUUUGGAUGCAGUAGAUGUCAGAAAGCCUUCGGCCAGAAGUCCCAUCUCAUUUUACACCAGAGAACCCAUACAGGAGAGAAACCAUAUGAGUGUCAUAAAUGCGGAAAAGCUUUUACCGAUAAGUCAUGCCUUAAUAAACAUCAAAGAACUCACAAAGGAGGGAAACGGUUUGAGUGUCGGAUGUGUCAGAAAGGCUUCAGUGAUAAGUCACAGCUUACUUUACAUCAAAGAACUCAUACGGGAGAGAAACCCUACAGGUGUGGUGAGUGUCACAAAAGCUUCAGCAGUAAGUCACAGCUCCGUAUUCAUCAGCGGUCUCACACGGGAGAGAAGCCCUAUGGCUGCAGUGAAUGUGGGAAAACAUUUCCCCUUAAGUUUAGCCUCAUUUUACACCAAAAAGCGCAUAAAGGGGAAAAACCUUAUGGAUGCAAUGAAUGUGGGAAAGCCUUCAUCCAGAGGUCGGAGCUCAUUAGACAUCAGAGAACUCACACGGGCGAGAAGCCUUAUAACUGCAGCGAGUGUGGGAAAGGCUUUAGUGUCAAGUCACUCCUCAACACGCACUGGAGAACUCACACAGGCGAGAGACCCUAUGGAUGCAAGGAGUGUGGGAAAACGUUCUCCAUCAAGUUUAGUCUCAUUCUGCACCAAAGAACUCAUACCGGUGAGAAACCCUAUGAGUGCGGUCAGUGUCAGAAAGCUUUCACCCAGAGGUCACACCUCACUAUUCAUCUGAGGUCUCACACCGGAGAGAAGCCUUACGAGUGCAGUGAAUGCCACAAAGCCUUCAGCCGGAAGUCGUAUCUCCUUAUUCAUCAGAGAAUUCACUCAGGAGAGAAACCUUAUGAAUGCCACGAAUGUGGGAAAACCUUCUCUCACAAGUUUAGUCUCCUCAUUCAUCAGAGAAUCCAUAGUGGAGAGAAACCCUACGGAUGCCCUGAAUGUGGGAAAACUUUUCCUAUCAAAUUUAGCCUUGUUUUACAUCAGAAAACACAUACAGGAGAGAAACCCCACGAAUGCAGCGAAUGUCAGAAGUCUUUUGCCCAGAAGUCACAUCUUACUAUUCAUCAAAGGACUCACUCAGGUGAGAAACCUUACGGAUGCGGUGAGUGUUGGAAAACCUUCUCCCACAAAUUCAGCCUCCUUUUACAUCAGAAAACUCAUAGAGGAGAGAAAUCAUGAACGAUGUAAAUAUCCAGAAGUCGUCAUUGCGAAGGAACAGUUCAUUACACACCAGAGUGUACGUGGGAGUAAAACCUUGAGACUUUGGGGACACACUUUCUUUUCAGAGUCACCAUCUUAUUACUUAGCCGAGAAUGGAACUGCAUAGAAUGCCAGACAGGAGGAAACACCUUUCCCAAUAAAUUCAAUUGAAUGUGGCCCAGAGAGAAGAGAUAGGAAGGAGUAUCUGUGUAAGUAUUAACUGUGGGGAUGUUGGUGGUGUGAAAUUCAGCUACACUGGUAUCAGAGAACUGACACGGAGGGAAAAAUUCUAUACUUUAAAGAAUCUGGAGAAUCAUGCUUUCAUGGGUAUCGUUUUAUGAGGGAAGUCAUUUUCGGUAACUGUGACGUAAUAAAUAGCAUUAUAGAAAGUAUUAAAUAUGUAAAUAAUACAGUAAGGAAGCAAAGCAAAAUUAUGUCAGAACUAUGUAAGAAUAUGUAAGUGUUUUGUACCUAUUUUUAUUAUAAAAAUGAUUGUUCAUAUUUAGGAAUUGCAUGUGUUAGCAUAAAGAUUGUGACUCUGGUCCAUGUGCUUAAAUGUACAUAAAACUUUACCACAGA